CUGAGUUGAGUUGAGUCGCGAGCGAGGAACAGGCAGGAGUCCGUGAACGGCUCAACUUUUAAUGUAUGCUGGCCGAGGUGGGACAGUGUUUGUAGGAGCUCCGCUUCUUUUACUCUGCUUUAUGCAUCCUCUUGCUAGGCUCAGCCAAACAACAGCGCGCUGUUUCCUCACCGGGUCGGUAGCUAAUCUGGUUUUGGCACAAAAAGCGGUUGUGUGUCUUUUAUGUGUCCAGCUCUCCUGCGACUCCAGCACAUUACAGGCCCUGACGGAGUGAUUGAGUGAGCGACUGCAUGGACCGGAUUGAACAUGAAGAGCCUUAAAGCCAAGUUCAGAAAAACUGAUACCAAUGAGUGGAACAAAAAUGACGAGCGCCUUCUUGCUGCGGUGGAGCAUGGCGAAGUGGAGAAGGUGGCGUCACUCCUUGCCAAGAAAGGGGCCAGUGCUGUAAAACUAGACAGUGAGGGGAAAUCAGCUCUUCAUGUGGCGGCUGCUCGCGGUCUGACAGACUGCCUGUCUGUCAUCCUGGCUCAUGGAGUUGACCUGUCUAUCACUGAUGGUUCAGGUUUGAAUCCAUUACACCUGGCUGCCAAAAACAAUCACAUCGAGUGCUGCAAAAAGCUCAUUCAGAGUAAAAGUCCUGUAGACGCUGUCGACAGCUCCGGGAAAUCUGCUCUGCAUCACGCUGCUGCCAGCGGGAACAUUCAAGCCGUCCAGCUGCUUUGUGAACUCAAAAGUCCCGUCAACCUCAAAGAUGCAGACGGUCUCACCCCUCUGCUGCUGUCAGCCAAACUCGCUCAUGCUGAAGUGUGCAGCGCUUUGCUGGACUGUGGUGCUGAAAUCAACACUUCUGACAACAGCGGCAGGACAGCGUUGAUGCUUUCCUGUGAGUCCAGCGCUGUAUCCGUUCUUGAAGUUUUGAUUCAGCAAGGAGCAGACCUGUCAGCUGUGGAUUCACAAGGCCAUGAUGUCGCACACUAUACCAAACAGUCGGGUAACUCUGAAGUCAAAGCGGUGCUCACCGCCGCCCUGAACAGACACGUCUCAGAUAUAAAGUCUCCUAAAAGUCCUCAGCAUGAUCAAGUAGCUAAGCUAAGUGAUGAACGGAUCACAACUCCCAAAAAACGAAAAGCACCUCCACCUCCUAUAAGCCCACUGCAGAGUUCUGGACCCUCCUCUCCCUCGUUCAUUGGCUCCUCUGGGACCCCUGGAUCCAACAAAAGUGACACUCCUAAAAGAUUCAACUACAAGGAGGAUGAGGUUCGAGGAUCACCGCUGAAAGAAGAAGUUGAGAAACUCCACGAAGAGAGAAACAUGUUGCUGGAGACAAUUGAAGACCUGAAGCAGUCGGUGGAGCAGUCUGUGACUUUUCCUGAAAUGGAUACAAAAGUAGAGCACAGUUUUACAGCGUCUGCUGCCCUGGUUUCUGCUCUGCAAGCAAAAAUUAAUGCUCUUACUUUGGAGAACCAGCAACUUGCUAGCAAACUCAAGAAACAGCUGCCCCUCCAAGGAAACGAGGAUCUGAGAGAGGACAGUCGCCCAGACAGCAUGGCCUCCAACUCCUCCUUCCACUCCACCCGGGAAGAGUUUGAAUCCCCUCCACACAUGGAAAAAGAAGUAAGGUCAGAUGGUGUUUCUGUCAGACGAGAGGACGAAGAGAGCGAAGGAGGGAGCAAAGAGGAGAUUCGGCUUCUGAGACAGGCUCUAGAGGGAGUUCAGAUGAAACUCGUAGAAACCAGGAAGGAGAACCGCUCGCUUCAGGCCCAGCUGAGACCCGAGAGAGACCGAGAGGAGUGUGAAGACGUGAGGGAGAAAGGACGAGAGGCGGAGCUGAUGGAGAGCCUGGCAGAGCUUCAGGCUAAACUGACUGACACUCAGGAGAAAUACCACCAGGCUGUGGAGGAGGUGGAGGAGUUGAGGGUGCUGAUGGGAGGUGAGAUGAUGGAGAAACACUCGUCAUCUACACUUGAACAGGAAGUGAAACAGCUGAAGGUUCAGCUCAUCCAAUCAGGAUCUGAGCAAGAGAAAGCUGCACAGAGAAUCAGACAGCUGGAAGAGGUGCUCAGGAGGAGGGAGGAGGAGAGACAGGAUGGGGAGACUGCACAGAUUGAAGAGCUUUACAAGGAGGCACAGGAGGAGAUAAGGAUGCUCCAGGAGGCUCUGAGAGGCACGGUGCCUGUUGAAGCUGCAGCCAAAGACUUUGAAGAAAUGAAGUCUGAGCUCAACGAGGUUAUCAGUGGGCUGCAGCGCCGCCUGCUGGAACUCUCACACUCCUACAGCGAAACUAAGAGCCAGCUAUGUACAGCACAAAAACAGCUGGUUGAGGCUCAAUCUGAGAGCAGUACGGCGUCUUCUCCGUCCUCGGAAGAACAACUGGUACAGGGGCUUCACAGCAAGGUGGAGGAGCUGCAGACAUUACUAGCAGAGGCAGAGAGGAAAAACUCAGCUGCUCAGGAGGAGAUCUCACAGCUGAGGCAGGAAGCAGAAGCUCAGGCACAGAGCUCCGUCGCCCUCGCUGACCACACGCAUGUGAUGUCAUCACUGGGAAAUGCAAUCAAAGAACUGGAGAGCCAAUUAGAGGCUGUGAAGGAGGAGUUACAACAGAAAGCCCAGCAGGUGGAGGCUCUUCAGAACAGCUUGAAGAUGCAAAAAGAUGUCAAUCAAGAGGAUUCAGUGAACCGUGCAGAGCAUGAAGCCACUCGAGAGCGACUGGAGGGUGAAGUGAACCAUCUGACACAGCUCCUCCAGGGGGCCCUCAGAAAGCAGGAUGAGAUGGCUUUGGAGGCUGCUGAUGCUUGGCAGAAGGCGCGAGAGAACCGUGCAGAGCGGGAAGCCCUACAGGAGCUAGUAAUGUCAAGAGAGAAGGAGAACCAGACUCUGACGUCGAGGCUAGCAGAGUCUCAAGAUGCCGUGUGUCAGCUCAAACAGCUGGUGGAGAAUCACGUCGCCUCAGAGAGAGAAAAGAACAAGAGGAUAGAUGACCUGUCACGGGAGGUGGGGAAGCUGAAGGACGCCUUAAACAGCCUAUCACAGCUCUCCUACAGCUCAGGUUCUCCCUCCAAGAGGCAGCAGCAGAAUCAGCAGCUGGAGACCAUGCAGCAGCAAAUCAAACAGCUUCAGUACCAGCUUGCUGAGUCAAAGAAGCAGCACCACGAGAUAGUGUCAGUCUACAGGAUGCAUCUCCUCUAUGCUGUCCAGGGUCAGAUGGAUGAGGAUGUCCAGAAAGCCUUGAAACAGAUCCUGAUGAUGUGCAAGAUGCCAACUCAAGCCAAGGAGGCCUGCUGAGACUCAUUGGGGUUUUCUGUUGAGAACUAAAACGCUAAAACGGACUGCUGCUGUCAGCUGCUGACACAUGUCCACAGGUCCGAAUCCACACGUGCUGAUUACAAGCAGGGCCAACAACACAUGGUGCCUCUGGAUUAACCUUGAGUAUUUGAUAACCAGGAAUAGGUUUACAAUCAUAUGUUCACGCCUUUGUUUUGUGUCAUUAUAAUUGGUUGGAUCAACAGUUUUUUUUUACUGUUAAUCAGCUGCCUAACUGUUACAUGAUUGGUUAAAGGAGGUGGUUAUUUUUCUGUGUACCAGCCAAACUUCACGUUAGUUUGUGCACAUAAACACUACACUGUCCACCUUAAAGCACACGUGGCUGAAAAUGCAAAGAUAUUUCUGUGUACUUAGACAUCUGUACAUGUUUGAAAAAUUCGUUUGAUGUGGUUUGUUUCUGUUACAACGUGCGCUUAAAAAAAGCCUCAGUUAGCACUGCUGUUGAUAAUAUCUAUUUUAUGAUACAACAGUGUUGUAGUUCUGAUGUUUUGUGGUUGUUAACAUUUUCCUAAUAAUCUAAAUUAUUUUGCCCUUUUAACAAUGCAUGUGAUUUUGCUCAAAGCCAGAAAUUAUUUUGGCUGCACUUCCAUGAAGAAUAAGCAUGAUACUGUUUGUUUUGAAAUUUUCCUAUCAGUGCAAAAAAACUAUCAAAAAAUGUACUUUUAUGGACUGUACCAUUAAGUCAUGUUUUUCAAGUUACUGUACUCCUUAAAGAACUUUGCUAGCUGUAUUUUGAUGCCUUUAUGUGUUUGUUUUGUGUGAAUAAGAUGUGCUUUUCAGUCUGCAACACCAGAAACAGUUCAUUUUAGACAUAUGUCACAUCUAAGAAGUCCAAUAGAAUUCUUUAAUGUUUUCUCCUUUAAAAGCAUGAAAAAAAUGUCUUAUUAUAUUAACCUUUUUCUGUUAGAUAUUAAUAAUUUAUUUACAUUUAUCCUGAAGUUUUUUCUCUACAAGUUCUUUGUAGGUACGGAUAUAAACGUUUCAAAAGCAUUUCAUUGAACGUGUCACUGUUCUCCUUUGCCUUAGUGUUGUACUCAAAGCCAUAAACCCUAACACAUCCCUUUUCUGAACACUAGCCUAACCUGUUUGAUUCUAUGAAUUUCAACCUGACUAACGCUCCCAUCCUCUCCUAUUUCUCAGGUACAUUUUAUACUGAUGUGAUUUACACCUGACUAAGAUUUGCCGGACCCUGAGUAGAGCUUUUACAUGUUUCAAAGGUUGUAGAAAAUCGUACAUACGUCAUCUCUUUUCCUCUCUGCCUUGACUGAAUUUUAUUGUAUCUAGAAAGGGAAAAGGCAAACAACAGAACUGUUGUUUGUUCAAUGACAGUUUUGUAGUUUUGAAAAAUGCUUUUUGCCAACUGUUAUUUUUGCCUGCAUUAAUAAAUUUUCAAGAUAC